GAUGGGUUGGCACUCCGUCCAGGGUGUAUCCUGCCUCGAUGCCCGAUGACGCCUGAGAUAGGCACAGGCUCCCCGUGACCCGAGAAGUUCGGAUAAGCUGUAGAAAAUGAAUGAAUGAAUGAAGUUUGACAAUUGUGUAUAGAUUGUGUAUAGGUUGUGUAAGUACAUUAUCAGGAUCGAUGCAUGACACAUAGUACAACACUGUUAUUUUAGCGUUGCAACAAUGCCCACGUCAUCACAUCUAAACGCUUCACUUCCUUAAAUUGCAGCGGCAUGGUAAUUCAAUUUCAUUGCCCACACGACGCACUCGAGUAAAGAAGUACAGCAGUACAUGAGUUCUCUCAGAGUUUUAGUGAAAAUAUUAGAUUUUAAAAAUGUUUUGUUUCUGCAUGGAGGAGAUGAAGAGAGACGACGAGGACAUGACGGUGGUCAACUAUACAGUCAUAACCGAUUAUGAAAGCAUUGAAACUGAGGACAUCAAAACAAAGAGUCACAGACAAAUUCAACACAUAGGUAGAGAAGAUUUAAAUUUGGUCUAAUAAACACACAUGAGGUGAGAGGAAGGGAGUGAAACAGGGAGUUAGAAUGUAAUGUACUUUACAUUUUGUGUUGUAUGGGUGUAUAAAAUCCACUGUUUUUGUUUUUCUGAAACUAAAUUAAACUAAAUUUUCUAAAUUAUAGUGCAUGAAUAAUAAUAAUCAGUCCCUAAGCUGCAAAAAGUUUGAGAACAGGCAGCAUAAAGAGUUUUAGAUCCAGAAGUAUUACUUCACUCUGGAGUGCUUCAUGUCCGCUGUGUGCAAUUAACACACAAGGCUGGUUCUUACGCUUUUGCUUUUUUUUUUUACUUCUGCUUUAUAACAUCAGAGAUUUAGGAGGAUUUUACCGCUUGGUUUCUGUUUGGGGUUGUUUUCUGUUUUGUUUCUUCGUUAUUUUCCGGUUGUGAUAGCGGUGGUGAUGUGUGUCCUCCUGCUGACUGCCGUCACUGUGCUGUGGGUCAAAUACAACAUCCUGUCUAGAGAGCAAGACCAGUUAGUGCACGAGAGAUCUGCACUGCACUGUGUGCUGUUAAACAUUGGUUGGAAAGUUUUCAGACAGAAUAUUUAUUACAUUUCUAUUGAAAAGAAGAACUGGAUUGAGCACAGAGAGGACUGUAUAAAGAGAGGAGCAGAUCUGGUGAUUGUAAACAGUAGAGAGGAACAGGAAUUCAUCAGUAAAUACUCAAAUACUCCAGACACAGAGGGGACAUUUAAAUGGGUGGACAGUUCACCACUGACCACUGAGUUCUGGUGGGUUGGAGAACCAAACGAUGUUGCAAGAAAUGAGGACUGUGUUAUAAUAAGCUUUAGAAGGGCUAAGUCUCACAUCUCAACCUGGAAUGAUUAUAACUGUGGCUUCUCUGAAGUUGGGAUUUGUGAGAGGAACAUAUUUGACUGAGCACAUGAAGUUCACUUGCUGAAAUAGGAACUUUUUUUUUUUAAAUGAUAAGAAUAUUGUUUGUUUUGAACAUACGAAGUCAUUCUUUUACAUUUAGAUAGCGAGCCAUGUGAAAAAAAAACUGUAAAGUCUGAUAUGUAAUAGUUGACAUAAAAUUCUAAUUUUUUUAGAUAUUGAAGUGUUUAAACAAAAUAUAUACAACCAGUUAUACCAUGGCAAAUUACUUUAUUUUAAAAACAAAAUUUGAAAAAUGAAUACAAUACAUUUUGUUUUGCUUUGUUUUUAAAAUAAAGUACUUAUUUAUACUUUAUUCACAUAUGAGAAGAUAAAUGCAAUCAGCAAAGAGAUAACUGCAAAAAAAACAAAAAAAAAAAAAAUUCAUGUCAGUCCAUGAAGACAGCCAUAUUGGGAAACACCGUCUAAAGUCUGCUAUUGACUGCAUAGCAUGAAUAAAUCCGCCAGGGGGCAUAAAACAAGUAUCAGAUUAUAUUCAACAGGUUUGUUGAUAAUAUGGGUUCUCAAUUUAAAUAUGACACAAAUUGCAUUAUAGGGUUACGUUUCCUUGUAAUUGAGUUCUCUGAAAAAGGACGUUUGCCAAAUUUCUGUAAGACCAGCUGUUUUUAGAGACGCUCGGACACACUAAAUUUGAAGUGUUGUAGCAAAUAGUCUGAAUGUUUGUCAAUGUGAUGUUCUAGUUGUACUUUUUAAUAAAUUUGCAAAGUUAUAACAA